AUGAAUAUCGAUGAUCUUUCGGAUCAGACGACGAUGUUCCUUCUAACGUUGAUUCCUCUAAUACUUGGAAUCUUCAGCAGCUUUGUUUGUAUCGUGGAGAAGAAAAGGCGACGAAGAAGGCGGAGAAGACACUCCUAUUCAAUGCCCAUUCCUCGGCCGACUACAUCUUCCUGCUCUAGAGAACGAUCAAUGGAAUAUCGUGUUUCCAAUGGCCAUAGACGGAUGUCAUUCGUUCCACCCGAUGAUAACAAAACUGUCGAUGAAUGCACUAGUAACUGGGUUGGACCUAUAAAGAUUUGA